AUCAGGAUACCCCCUUCGCGGAUGUAAAGCGGCAGUUUUUGGUUAUGUCAUUCGCGGUGGUGUGAUCCUAAUUGAUCAUAAAUGAAUUACGUUUACGCGAUGUACACAUGAGUAAUUCACGUCUUCCGCGAGGCACAGCAGGUCUUAAGGGAAACAGUCAAAUGUUGCAUGCAACUUCUCUGAGAAAGAAGUAUAUGUCACCGAUCUAUCACAUCGUGUGAAGACCUCUUCACUUUCUUUCAAUGUUUGACACUCGCUUUCGGUGGAGUUACACGCGACGUGACGUUGUCUCGAAACGCAGAUUUUAAAUCUAAAUAAAUAUUUUUUAAAGAAUAUUUCCGAAAAAAAAAUUAAUACUCUCUUUCUCUACUAAGAAGCACUUAUGUUUCAGUUAAUAUUUUUCCAUGGCUUGGGCGAUACAGGACAUGGCUGGGCCAGUUCCAUGGGCGCCGUGCGAUCCCCUCAUGUCAAAGUUAUUUGUCCUACUGCGCCCACGAUGCCAGUAACGCUUAAUGCAGGGUUCAGAAUGCCUUCUUGGUUUGAUCUACGCACUCUGGACUCCAAUGGCCCGGAGGAUGAAGAGGGUAUACGUAAGGCUGCCGAAAUGGUGCACUCGUUAAUAGCAGAGGAAGUUGCGGCUGGGAUACCCACCAAGCACAUCGUUCUCGGAGGAUUUAGUCAAGGUGGCGCCCUAGCCAUGUACAGUGCCCUUACAUUCCCAGAGCCUUUAGCUGGCAUCAUAGCUCUAUCCGCAUGGCUUCCUUUACAUCAAAAAUUUCCAGCAGAGGCUAUAGGUAAUAGGAACACACCACUGCUGCAAUGUCACGGUGAUUGCGAUCCAAUUGUGCCAUAUAGAUGGGGUCAAAUGACAGCAUCGCUUAUAAAACAGUUCAUGACGCAGGCGGAAUUCAAAACUUAUCGAGGAAUGAUGCACACCUCUUCCGAAGAGGAAAUGCGCGAUAUAAAGAAAUUCAUCGAAAAGGUCCUGAAGCCGUAAUAGAUCAAAUUGAUAUUUUAUCGGCUACUUCAAGCAUCUAACUGUUAUAUUGAAAUAUUUGAAAUUAAUGAUUCCAAUUUCGCGACUAUUUAAUUUUAGUAAAUUAUAUGAAUCUUAAAGGCGUUAAGUAGAAAAUCGUUAAAAAUCUUCCAAGAUACUGAGAUGCAGUGCUACAUAGGAAAAAUAUACUUUCCAGAGGACUAUAUUUAUUUACAAUCUUCAUAAUUUAUGCAUUCAUCUAUGUAUUCACACAUUUCUUGAUAUUUUAAUGUACCAAAGCAUUCGUAUAGCAAUACUACGAAUUCAUCUAUGCAGUCCUUAAAAUCCUUUUAAUAAGCAAAAUUGGCAUUCCUCGUUUUUUUUAAAUAUUUAUAAUAUAUAUAUAGAUACACGUACCAAAUAUACAUAUUUUUAUAGAUAUGUAUAUAAGUAUGUAUGUAUCAAAUUAUACAUACUACACUGAUUUGUAAAGCAAUUGGCAACAUACAUUAUUUAAAGGUAGUAGGUGAUUCAUGUUUAUUCAUUUUUGCGGUUUGAAUCUGCGACAAUAGUAAUUUACAAGUAAAUUUAAUCAGGUUUAAGAUAAUACUAAGUUAUACUAGAGACGAGGAGCUUUCUGCAUUAGCUCUUCUAUCAACAACUUCCAAUUCUUUCGCGCCUAAAUUGCGUUUCGAAGAAUACUUAUUUGAAUACAAACUAAACACGUCCAUGAAACAUUUAAGUAUUUUGCGCAUUUGAGCCAGCUACAAGCCUUUUACAUUUCAAAUUUCGACUAUUUCACGCGAUUUACGCCCGUGAUACGUAACAUGAAAUGUUGCUGCUAAUAAAUCACUUUUGUAGUGAAAUAUUGUCUAGAAGACAGUGACACGGCCAUGUAAUCUGUGAUUAUGCAUUGUAUUAUCAAAAAUCCAUCAGAGUCCAUCAUUUAUUAUACAUAUAGCAUAGAUCAGGAUUUCCUAAACUCUCUUGCGGCGUGUGUUCCUGUAUGGAAUCUUAAGCAGAUUCUUUAAGGAGAAACAUUCUUACGGAAUCAUUCUUAAUGUAGUCAUACAAUUUAUAAACAUUUGCAGCUUCGCGUGAAAUAGAUGCUUCAUAUUUUCGUUAUCAAUUGUCUCUAUGUGAAAAAAAAUAAAUCUUUGAAAAAUAAAAAAAGAUUUGAUCUUAUAUAUAUAUAUUUCAAGUUUGGGAAAUCCUGUGAUAUUAUACAUAUAUCAUAAAGUAGUAUAGACAUACGCAGUACUAAAAUACAUUGUAAAAUUAUAUUAAAAUGUAUAUAAAAUUAUAUGACACUCGGC